AUGGGUGGUUCAUGGAGUAACAAUAAUAACAGAAACAGAAGAAGAAACAGUUACCAUGAACACUACCCACCUCCUCCUCCAACCUACUAUUAUCAAUACUCUUCUCAACCUCACCCUAUCAUGCCACAGCCACAGCCACAGCCUCCUCAAGGUUAUUUUCCUCCUCACUCUCAUCACUUCUACUCAAAUCUCCCUCACCAACCUUCCUACGAAGCAGCAGCCACCACAACAACAAAUACUCAACCGUUCGGAGUAGAUUUGAAUGUACAUGUUGCUCAACCACCGUACGUUGACCAUGAAACUGCAAAGAAGGUAAAGAAUGAUGUCAAUUUGCAUAAACAUACUCUACAGCUCCACGUGGAUCCCAACAAUUCCGAUCACCACUUGGUUUCCUUUGUUUUCGACGCUAUUUAUGAUGGCAGAAUUACAAUCCUUUACUUAGCGAAAGAAGAAGAACAUAAAUGUAGGUUUAUUCCUCUAUUUCCCGAAGCGUUUGAGCCGAUAACGUUCCCCUUCCAGAAAGGAGUUGGUCAGAAAUUCUGCCAGCCUUCAGGAACAGGAAUUGACUUAGGUUUCUUUGAGUUGGAUCAUCUUUCAAACCCUUCGCCCGAGGAAGAUGUGUUUCCACUUGUGAUAUGCGCCCAAACAACACCUUUGGCAGAUCACGAAACCCCCUCUAGUUCCUCUGUAGAUGCAUCCCCUCAUAUGCAAAUAACUCAAGCUGUUUUGGAGAAAACCAAUGGAACUGGUCCUUUUCAGGUUAAAGUAGUUAGGCAGAUUCUGUGGAUCGAUCAAGUUCGUUAUGAACUACGAGAGUUAUAUGGAAUUGGUAACUCAGCAGCGCCUGAUUUCGAUCGUAAUGAUCCUGGAAAAGAGUGUGUGAUAUGCAUGACUGAGCCCAAGGAUACCGCUGUCUUACCUUGUCGGCACAUGUGUAUGUGCAGCGAGUGUGCAAAAGCGCUGCGUGUUCAAUCAAAUAGUUGCCCUAUAUGCCGCCAACCUAUCGAGCAACUUCUAGAGAUCAAGAUAAACAACAACGACGAAUAA